AUGGAACAGUUAUGUACGACUAGAUUGAAGCCUAGCAUAAUGCAGUCAAAUGCCGGGUCGCUCUCAGCUCCAAGAAGCAUAUCGCAGAACAAGAUUUUUGUUCCUACGUGCAAUGCAGUCAAAUUUGACAGGAGAAUUUCAUUUGAAUCGAACAGUUCAUCUUCUAGCCCACUCUGUGGUUCGCGGUGGACGGUCCCGCUCAAUUCUUCUUCUAAGAGAAGAUUUGGUCUUCUCACUUCGAUCCGGGCUAGUACUGGGGAAGUGGAUUUGCAAUCAAAAGUAACCCACAAAGUGUACUUGGAUAUCAGCAUUGGCAAUCCUGUGGGGAAGCUAGCUGGUAGGAUUGUCAUAGGAUUGUUUGGUGAUGAUGUGCCUCAAACAGCGGAGAACUUCCGGGCUUUAUGUACAGGGGACAAGGGCUUCGGCUAUAAAAAUUCCACGUUCCAUCGUGUAAUUAAGGAUUUCAUGAUUCAAGGAGGGGACUUUGAUAAAGGGAAUGGAACUGGAGGCAAAAGUAUAUAUGGACGGACAUUUAAGGAUGAAAACUUCAAGUUGUCGCACAUUGGACCUGGAGUUGUUAGUAUGGCAAAUGCAGGCCCUAAUACAAAUGGGAGUCAGUUUUUCAUUUGUACUGUGAAGACACCAUGGCUUGAUCAGAGGCAUGUUGUAUUUGGGCAAGUUUUGGAAGGGAUGGAUAUCGUCAAGCUUAUAGAGUCACAGGAGACUGAUAGAGGAGACCGACCCAGAAAGAAGGUGAUCAUUGCUGAUUGUGGCGAACUUCCAAUUUCUGAUGCUUAAUUUUGGCAAACCCUUGGCACUUGAUCUGUUGCAUUUGCCUUGUGUCAUACUAGUUUAUACAAUUCGAAGAGCUCUUUUUAUGCUGGUCAGUGUUAAUAUUUGAUCUCAAAUUUUCUUCCUGGACAUCGUUGACUCAGUAAUCAUCUAUAUGUGGUAUUUAAUGCAGUAGAUUUACAAUAAAUUUGAGUUGAGUUGA